AAGGUCUGGAGGUACCCCAAGUGUUAGCUGCAGUCACAGCCCGGCUGCCCGUGGCAGCGCAGGGCAGCGAGGCCGCGGGCGCCGCCCUUCUCCUGGCGCAUCAGCUCCCGGACCGCGACUGGACGCGCAGGGCCGCCGCCGGCCCGCACCACCAGCCGCCAAGAUGUGCGACUGCUUCCACGUGGUGCUGCCCGCCUGGCCCGGAGCCCCCGGCAGCGUGUCUGGCCGACAGCUGCAGCAGCAGGAUCCAGAGGCUGAGACUGAAGAGGACCCCUCUGUGACUGAAGGGCCUGUGGGUGAGAUAAUUCGGCCAAGACCACAGGGGUCCUCACCCGUUUAUGAAUACGCAGCUGAAGGAGCUAGCUUCGGAGGCCAGGAAAACAGCCAGGGCAGGCGCAGCUCCUCUGGCAGACGGAGAUCCUGGUGGAAACGGGAUUCAGGGGAAUCCACAGCCUUCUCCACCAUGAGUCAUGCAGAGUCUGUGCAGGAGGCAACAGAGGAGGUGACACUGAAGACUGAGGUGGAUUCUGGAGCCAGUGGCUACAGCGUCACAGGUGGAGGGGACCAGGGGAUUUUUGUCAAGCAAGUGCUGAAGGACUCCUCUGCUGCAAAGCUCUUCAGCCUGAGAGAAGGAGAUCAACUGCUCAGUGCAACUAUAUUCUUUGACCACAUGAAAUAUGAAGACGCUCUUAAAAUCCUUCAGUACUCAGAACCUUACAAAGUUCAGUUCACAAUCAAACGGAAACUCUCUGCCAGAAAGGGAGAGGAGGUGGUCAUUCAGCAUUCUCAGCGAGGUCUGCAAGGCCAGGAAAAACAGGACCAGGACAUUGCUGAUGGAUGCAUGGACACCCCUACAAAGACACUAGAGGUAGACGGAGACCGAGAAAGGCUUAUUUCUAAGACCACGGACGGUCGCCGUAGGCGGCCACAAGACAGACUCUCCUGGCCGAAAUUUCAGUCCUUAAGGAGCAAGCGUGGAGCAGGCCCCCGCCGCUCACACAGUUCCUCAGAAGCCUCAGAGCACAGGGCCACACGGGAAGUGUCACCCACAAGCACAGACACGGAAGCCCAGAUGACAGCUGACAGCCGGGAGCAGAAGUCAGGGUCAGGUAGACGAAGAAGGAGAUUCCUGAACCUGAGAUUUGGGAUGAGCUUAGGGCCAGGUUCAGUCACAACUGAGCAAGCAGGCAGAGAGCCCCAGGACAGGCAACCUCAUGCUGGGGAGCGGGAAGAGUCCCAGCCACAGAAGGAUGACAUAAAUGACGCAGUAGUGGCUGCUGAGGGCAAAAAGAAGGACAAGACUCAGGCGCUGGGGGUCAGGACUGCUCUCACUACGGAAGCCCCUGAAGACAUGGUGCUAAAGGCAGACACACAGCAUAGGAAGAAAAAGAAGGUGGCAAAACAAGAAAACAAGGAGACACUCAGCCGACAAAGAGCUGAGGCGGGCCCAGGAAUGAGCUGGGAUGACGAAUGGGAGGAAGUCCAGAGUCUAGAAAUUGGCAUUGCAAGAUUGUCUCUGCAAGACACGUCAGAACAAGGAAGCACACAGGUCUCAUCUUAUGACUGGAAAGCACCAAAAGCUGGAUUUUACAAAACAAAGAUGGAAGAGACAAUGAAAGACACAAAAGAUGGUGGAAUAAGGAAGAAAGUGUGGAGAGAAUCUGGGGACAGAAGAAAUAUACAGGAGCAAGUAGAAUCAGGGGGUGAGACACAAGAGCCGACAGGAAUGGGGGGAAAUGUAGAGAGAGAAGGUCCGCAAAGCGAACAAAAGAUGAAAGAGAAUUUAGAAGAGGAAACACAGACAGGACAAGCAAAAAUGAAGAUGCCAAAGUUCAAAAUACCUACAUUUGGAUGGUCUCCAACAAAAGAAGUAACCAGAGGGAAAAAGGAUGCAACAGAAAUGACUGGGAUAAAUACAGACACAGUAGAGACAGAAAACAUAAGUGACAACUUAGGGAAAGAGAUAGGUGUAGAUAAUGAAAAAGUUACAUUAGAGAAAAGAAACAUUAGAAAGGAUGUAAACAUGAUAGGUAUGGCAGAAAAAACAACAGAGGCCCAUGAGGUCUCAAAAAAAGAAAUGAAAUUCAAGAUGCCCAAGUUCAAGAUGCCAUCAUACGGUGUGUCUGUGCCAAGAGGGGCAACUAUGGAUACAUUGCUGGAGGUGACACCUCCAAAACCAGAGCCAGACAUGGCCCUGCCAUCAAUCCAAAGCGACCUGAAGACUCCUGACAUUGGCAUCCAGCUGCCUUCAGCCGACCUGGAGGUCAAGGCUGGCCAGGUAAGCAUGAAACUCUCUGAGGGCCAGAUGCCCGAGGGGGAGCUGGCCACACAGACUGAUUCCGGGGCCAGCCUGAAGGGCCACUUGCCCAAGGUGUCGAUCCCCAGCGUCAAGAUGCCUAAGGUAGAACUCAAGGGCCCAGAUGUGGAGCUCAAGGGCCCCAAAGUGGAACUAAAGGGCCAAGGGGGCGAGGUGAGCGCCCCUGACAUGGAGGUGUCCCUGCCUGCUGUGGAGGUGGACAUCCAGGUGCCAGGAGCAAAGGUGGAGGGGGACCUGGCCCUGGCUGACAAGGACUUGGCUGCCAAAGACAGCAAGUUCAAGAUGCCCAAGUUCAAGAUGCCCUCCUUUGGCAUGUCCGCACCUGGCAAGCCCACUGUGGAGACAUCACUGGAGGUGUCAGCACCAAAGGUGAAGGCGGACGUGGCCAUUGCCUCUAUCCAGGGUGACCUGGAGACACCUGAGGUCAACAUCCAGCUGCCAUCCUCUGACCUGGAGGUUACGUCUGGCCAGGUGGGCAUGAAACUCCCUGAGGGCCAGCUGCCCGAGGGGGAGAUGGCCACACAGAUUGAUUCGAGGGCUGGCUUGAAGGGCCACCUGCCCAAGGUGUCGAUGCCCAGCCACAAGAUGCCCAAGGUGGACCUCAAGGGACCAGACCUGGAGCUCAAGGGCCCCAAAGUGGACGUGAAGGGCCUCAAGGGCGAGGUGAGCACUGCAGAGGUGGAGGUAUCCCAGCCUGGCAUGGAGGUGGACAUCCAGGUGCCAGGAGCAAAGGUGGAGGGUGACCUGGCCCUGGCUGACAAGGACUUGGCUGCCAAAGACAGCAAGUUCAAGAUGCCCAAGUUCAAGAUGCCCUCUUUCGGUGUGUCCGCACCUGGCAAGCCCACUGUUGAGGCUUCGCUGGAGGUGGCCACGCCAAAGGCAGAGGCAGACAUAGCCCUGCCAUACAUGCAUGGUGACCUGAAGACCACACACAUCACCAUCCAGCUGCCAUCCUGUGACAUGGAGGCCAAGCCUGACCAGGUGGGCAUGAAGCUGCCCGAGGGCCAGCUGCCCGAGGCACAGCUUGCUGCACAGACUGAAUCUGGGGCUGGCCUGAAGGGCCACCUACCCAAGGUGUCCAUGCCCAGCCACAAAAUGCCCAAGAUGGAACUUAAGCGCACGCAAGUGGACCUCAAGGGCUCCAAAGUGAACGUGAAGGGCCCCAAUGGCGAGGUGAGCGCCCCCGACAUAGAGGUAUCCCUGCCUAGCAUAGAGGUGGACAUCCAGGUGCCAGGAGCAAAGGUGGAGGGGGACCUGGCCCUGGCUGACAAGGACUUGGCUGCCAAAGACAGCAAGUUCAAGAUGCCCAAGUUCAAGAUGCCCUCCUUCAGUGUGUCGGUACCUGGCAAACCCAUCGUGGAAACCUCACUAGAGGUUGCCACACCAAAGGUGGAGGGAGACGUGGAUCUUCCAACUCUCCAGGGUGACGUGAAGACCCCUGACGUCAGCAUCCAGCUGUCAUCCUGUGACAUGGAGGCCAAGCCUGGCCAGGUGGGCUUGAAGCUGCCUGAGGGCCAGCUGCCUGAGGGAGACCUUGCUGCACAGACUGAAUCUGGGGCUGGCCUGAAGGGCCAUCUACCCAAGGUGUCCAUGCCCAGCGUCAAGAUGCCCACAAUGGACCUCAAGGGCACGCAAUUUGACCUCAAGGGCUCCAAAGUUGACAUGAAAGGCCCCAAGGGCGAGGUGAGUGCCCCUGACGUGGAGGUUUCCCCGCCUUGUGUGGAGGUGGACAUCCAGGCGCCUGGAGCAAAGGUGGAGGGGGACCUGGCCCUGGCUGACAAGGACAUGUCUGCCAAAGACAGCAAGUUCAAGAUGACCAAGUUCAAGAUGCCCUCCUUCGGCAUGUCCGCACCUGGCAAGCCCACCUUGGAAGCCUCACUAGAGGUUGCCAUGACAAAGGUGGAGGGAGACGUGAAUCUUCCAACUCUCCAGGGGGAGGUGAAGACCCCUGACCUCAGCAUCCAGCUGCCAUCCUGUGACAUGGAGGCCAAGCCUGGCCAGGUGGGCAAGAAGCUACCCGAGGGCCAGCUGCCCGAGGGAGAGCUUGCUGUACAGACUGAAUCUGGUACUGGCCUAAAAGGACAUCUACCCAAGGUGUCCAUGCCCAGCCUCAAGAUGCCCAAGGUGGAAUUCAAGGGCACUCACAUGGACAUCAAGGGCCCCAAAGUGGACGUGAGGGGCCCCAAGGCUGAACUGAGUGCCCCCGACAUGGAAGUGUCCCUGCCUGGUAUGGAGGUGGAUAUCCAGGUGCCAGGAGCAAAGGUGGAGGGGGACCUGACCCUGGCUGACAAGGACUUAGCUGCCAAAGACAGCAUGUUCAAGAUGCCCAAGUUCAAGAUGCCCUCUUUCGGUGUGUUCGCAUCGGGCAAGCCCACUGCUGAGGCCUCCCUUGAGGUGGCCAAGUCAAAGGUGGAGGUAGACGUGGCCCUGCCAUCCAUCCAGGGCGACCUGAAGACCCCUGACAUCAGCAUCGAGCUGCCAUCAGCCGACCUGGAGGUCAAGGCUGGCAUGAAGCUGCCCGAGGGAGAGCUUACUGCACAGACUGAAUCUGGGGUUGGCCUAAAAGGCCAUCUACCCAAGGUGUCGAUGCCCAGCCUCAAGAUGCCCAAGGUAGACGUCAAGGGACCCGACCUGGAGCUCAAGGGCCCCAAAGUGGACGUGAAGGGCCCCAAGAGUGAGGUGAGCCCUGCAGAGGUGGAGGUGUCCCAGCCUGGCGUGGAGGUGGACAUCCAGGUGCCAGGAGCAAAGGUGGAGGGGGACCUGGCCCUGGCUGACAAGGACUUGGCUGCCAAAGACAGCAAGUUCAAGAUGCCCAAGUUCAAGAUGCCCUCUUUCACUGUCUCCGCACCUGGCAAGGCCACUGCUGAGGCCUCGCUGGAGGUGUCGGCACCAAAGGUGAAGGCGGAUGUGGCCAUUCCCUAUGUCCAGGGUGACCUGGAGACACCUGAGGUCAACAUCCAGCUGCCUUCCUCUGACCUGGAGGUUAAGUCUGGCCAGGUGGACAUGAAACUCCCUGAGGGCCAGCUGCCCGAGGGGGAGAUGGCCACACAGAUUGAUUCGAGGGCUGGCUUGAAGGGCCACCUGCCCAAGGUGUCGAUGCCCCGCCUCAAGAUGCCCAAGGUGGACCUCAAGGGACCAGACCUGGAGCUCAAGGGCCCCAAAGUGGACCUGAAGGGCCCCAAGAUUGAGGUGAGGCCUGCAGAGGUGGAGGUGUCCCAGCCUGGCGUGGAGGUGGACAUCCAGGUGCCAGGAGCAAAGGUGGAGGGUGACCUGGCCCUGGCUGACAAGGACUUGGUUGCCAAAGACAGCAAGUUCAAGAUGCCCAAGUUCAAGAUGCCCUCUUUCGGUGUGUCCGCACCUGGCAAGCCCACUGUGGAGGCGGUGGCGCCCAAAGUACAGUCAGACGUGGUCCUGCCAUCCGUCCAGGGUGAGCUAAAGACACCUGACGUGAGCAUCCAGCUUCCGUCCUCUGACCUGAAGGUCAAGGCUGGCCAAGUGGGCAUGAAACUCCCUGAGGGCCAGCUGCGGGAGGGGGAGCUGGCCAAACAGACUGAUUCCGGGUCCAGCCUGAAGGGCCACCUGCCCAAGGUGUCAAUGCCCAGCCUCAAGAUGCCCAAGGUAGAACUCAAGGGCCCAGAUGUGGAGUUCAAGGGCCCCAAAGUGGACCUGAAGGGCCCCAAGAGCGAGGUGAGCGCCUCUGACGUGGAGGUUUCCCCGCCUUGUGUGGAGGUGGACAUCCAGGCGCCUGGAGCAAAGGUGGAAGGGGACCUGGGUGACAGAGUCGGGGCUGCCAAAGACAGCAAGUUCAAGAUGCCCAAGUUCAAGAUGCCCUCCUUUGGCGUGUCCGCACCUGCCAAGCCCACUGUGGAGGUGGCAGCGCCCAAAGUACAGUCAGACGUGGCCCUGCCAUUCGUCCAGGGUGAGCUGAAGACACCUGACGUGAGCAUCCAGCUGCCGUCCUCUGACCUGAAGGUCAAGACUGGUGAGGUGAGCAUGAGGCUGUCUGAGGGCCAGCUGCCCGAGGGGGAGCUGGCCACACAGACUGACUCCAGGGCCAGCCUGAAGGGCCACAUGCCCAAGGUGUCGAUGCCCAGCCUCAGGAUGCCCAAGGUAGAACUCAAGGGCCCAGAUGUGGAGCUCAAGGGCCCCAAAGUGGACCUGAAGGGCCCCAAGAGCGAGGUGAGCGCCUCUGACGUGGAGGUUUCCCCGCCUUGUGUGGAGGUGGACAUCCAGGUGCCAGGAGCAAAGGUGGAGGGGGACCUGGCCCUGGCUGACAAGGACUUGGCUGCCAAAGACAGCAAGUUCAGGAUGCCCAAGUUCAAGAUGCCCUCCUUCGGCAUGUCCGCACCUGGCAAGCCCACCGUGGAAGCCUCACUAGAGGUUGCCAUGCCAAAGGUGGAGGGAGAUGUGGAUCUUCCAACUCUCCAGGGUGAUGUGAAGACCCCUGACAUCAGCAUCCAGCUGCCAUCCUGUGACAUGGAGGCCAAGCCUGGCCAGGUGGGCUUGAAGCUGCCCGAGGGCCAGCUUCCCGAGGGAGAGAUUGCUGCACAGACUGAAUCUGGGGCUGGCCUGAAGGGCCAUCUAUCCAAGGUGUCCAUGCCCAGCGUCAAGAUGCCCAAGGUGGAACUCAAGGGCACUCACGUGGACAUCAAGGACCCCAAAGUGGACGUGAAGGGCCCCAAGGGCAAGGUGAGCGCCUCUGACGUGGAGGUGUCCCUGCCUGGCAUGGAAGUGGACAUCCAGGUGCCAGAAGCAAAGGUGGAGGGUGACCUGGCCCUGGCUGACAAGGACUUGGCUGCCAAAGACAGCAAGUUCAAGAUGCCCAAGUUCAAGAUGCCCUCUUUCGGUGUGUCCACACCUGGCAAGCCCACUGCUGAGGCCUCGCUGGAGGUGGCCAAGUCAAAGGUGGAGGCAGAUGUGGCCCUGACAUCCAUCCAGGGUGACCUGAAGACCCCUGACCUCGGCAUCCAGCUUCCAUCGCCUGACCUGGAGGUCAAGGCCGGCAUGAAGCUGCCCAAGGGCCAGCUGCCGGAGGGAGAGCUUGCUGCACAGACUGAAUCUGGGGCUGGCCUGAAGGGCCAUCUACCCAAGGUGUCCAUGCCCAGCGUCAAGAUGCCCAAGGUGGACCUUAAGGGCACGCAAGUGGACCUCAAGGGCUCCAAAGUGGACAUGAAAGGCCCCAAGGGCGAGGUGAGCGCCCCCAACAUGGAGGUGUCCCUGCCUAGCAUGGAGGUGGACAUCCAGGUGCCAGGAGCAAAGGUGGAGGGGGACCUGGCCCUGGCUGACAAGGACGCGUCUGCCAAAGACAGCAAGUUCAAGAUGCCCAAGUUCAAGAUGCCCUCCUUGGGCGGGUCCGCACCUGGCAAGCCCACAGUGGAGACAUCACUGGAUGUGUCUGCACCAAAGGUGAAGGCGGACGUGGCCAUUCCCUCUGUCCAGGGUGACCUGGAGACACCUGAGGUCAACAUCCAGCUGCCUUCCUCUGACCUGGAGGUUAAGUCUGGCCAGGUGGGCAUGAAACUCCCUGAGGGCCAGCUGCCUGAGGGGGAGAUGGCCACACAGAUUGAUUCGAGGGCUGGCUUGAAGGGCCACCUGCCCAAGGUGUCGAUGCCCCGCCUCAAGAUGCCCAAGGUGGACCUCAAGGGACCAGACCUGGAGCUCAAGGGCCCCAAAGUGGACGUGAAGGGCCCCAAGGGCGAGGUGAGCAUUGAAGAGGUGGAGGUGUCCCAGCCUGGCGUGGAGGUGGACAUCCAGGUCCCAGGAGCCAAGGUGGAGGGUGACCUGGUCCUGGCCGACAAGGACUUGGCUGCUAAAGACAGCAAGUUCAAGAUGCCCAAGUUCAAGAUGCCCUCUUUCGGUGUGUUCGCAUCGGGCAAGCCCACUGCUGAGGCCUCCCUUGAGGUGGCCAAGUCAAAGGUGGAGGUAGACGUGGCCCUGCCAUCCAUCCAGGGCGACCUGAAGACCCCUGACAUCAGCAUCGAGCUGCCAUCAGCCGACCUGGAGGUCAAGGCUGGCAUGAAGCUGCCCGAGGGAGAGCUUACUGCACAGACUGAAUCUGGGGUUGGCCUAAAAGGCCAUCUACCCAAGGUGUCGAUGCCCAGCCUCAAGAUGCCCAAGGUAGACGUCAAGGGACCCGACCUGGAGCUCAAGGGCCCCAAAGUGGACGUGAAGGGCCCCAAGAGUGAGGUGAGCCCUGCAGAGGUGGAGGUGUCCCAGCCUGGCGUGAAGGUGGACAUCCAGGUGCCAGGAGCAAAGGUGGAGGGGGACCUGGCCCUGGCUGACAAGGACUUGGCUGCCAAAGACAGCAAGUUCAGGAUGCCCAAGUUCAAGAUGCCCUCCUUCGGCAUGUCCGCACCUGGCAAGCCCACCGUGGAAGCCUCACUAGAGGUUGCCACGCCAAAGGUGGAGGGAGAUGUGGAUCUUCCAACUCUCCAGGGUGAUGUGAAGACCCCUGACAUCAGCAUCCAGCUGCCAUCCUGUGACAUGGAGGCCAAGCCUGGCCAGGUGGGCUUGAAGCUGCCCGAGGGCCAGCUUCCCGAGGGAGAGAUUGCUGCACAGACUGAAUCUGGGGCUGGCCUGAAGGGCCAUCUAUCCAAGGUGUCCAUGCCCAGCGUCAAGAUGCCCAAGGUGGAACUCAAGGGCACUCACGUGGACAUCAAGGACCCCAAAGUGGACGUGAAGGGCCCCAAGGGCAAGGUGAGCGCCUCUGACGUGGAGGUGUCCCUGCCUGGCAUGGAAGUGGACAUCCAGGUGCCAGAAGCAAAGGUGGAGGGUGACCUGGCCCUGGCUGACAAGGACUUGGCUGCCAAAGACAGCAAGUUCAAGAUGCCCAAGUUCAAGAUGCCCUCUUUCGGUGUGUCCACACCUGGCAAGCCCACUGCUGAGGCCUCGCUGGAGGUGGCCAAGUCAAAGGUGGAGGCAGAUGUGGCCCUGACAUCCAUCCAGGGUGACCUGAAGACCCCUGACCUCAGCAUCCAGCUUCCAUCGCCUGACCUGGAGGUCAAGGCCGGCAUGAAGCUGCCCAAGGGCCAGCUGCCGGAGGGAGAGCUUGCUGCACAGACUGAAUCUGGGGCUGGCCUGAAGGGCCAUCUACCCAAGGUGUCCAUGCCCAGCGUCAAGAUGCCCAAGGUGGACCUUAAGGGCACGCAAGUGGACCUCAAGGGCUCCAAAGUGGACAUGAAAGGCCCCAAGGGCGAGGUGAGCGCCCCCGACAUGGAGGUGUCCCUGCCUAGCAUGGAGGUGGACAUCCAGGUGCCAGGAGCAAAGGUGGAGGGGGACCUGGCCCUGGCUGACAAGGACGCGUCUGCCAAAGACAGCAAGUUCAAGAUGCCCAAGUUCAAGAUGCCCUCCUUGGGCGGGUCCGCACCUGGCAAGCCCACAGUGGAGACAUCACUGGAUGUGUCUGCACCAAAGGUGAAGGCGGACGUGGCCAUUCCCUCUGUCCAGGGUGACCUGGAGACACCUGAGGUCAACAUCCAGCUGCCUUCCUCUGACCUGGAGGUUAAGUCUGGCCAGGUGGGCAUGAAACUCCCUGAGGGCCAGCUGCCCGAGGGGGAGAUGGCCACACAGAUUGAUUCGAGGGCUGGCUUGAAGGGCCACCUGCCCAAGGUGUCGAUGCCCAGCCUCAAGAUGCCCAAGGUGGACCUCAAGGGACCAGACCUGGAGCUCAAGGGCCCCAAAGUGGACGUGAAGGGCCCCAAGGGCGAGGUGAGCAUUGAAGAGGUGGAGGUGUCCCAGCCUGGCGUGGAGGUGGACAUCCAGGUCCCAGGAGCCAAGGUGGAGGGUGACCUGGUCCUGGCCGACAAGGACUUGGCUGCUAAAGACAGCAAGUUCAAGAUGCCCAAGUUCAAGAUGCCCUCUUUCGGUGUGUCCGCACCUGGCAAGCCCACUGCUGAGGCCUCGCUGGAGGUGGCCAAGUCAAAGGUGGAGGCAGAUGUGGCCCUGACAUCCAUCCAGGGUGACCUGAAGACCCCUGACCUCGGCAUCCAGCUUCCAUCGCCUGACCUGGAGGUCAAGGCCGGCAUGAAGCUGCCCAAGGGCCAGCUGCCGGAGGGAGAGCUUGCUGCACAGACUGAAUCUGGGGCUGGCCUGAAGGGCCAUCUACCCAAGGUGUCCAUGCCCAGCGUCAAGAUGCCCAAGGUGGACCUUAAGGGCACGCAAGUGGACCUCAAGGGCUCCAAAGUGGACAUGAAAGGCCCCAAGGGCGAGGUGAGCGCCCCCGACAUGGAGGUGUCCCUGCCUAGCGUAGAGGUGGACAUCCAGGUCCCAGGAGCCAAGGUGGAGGGUGACCUGGCCCUGGCCGACAAGGACUUGGCUGCCAAAGACAGCAAGUUCAAGAUGCCCAAGUUCAAGAUGCCCUCCUUCGGCAUGUCCGCACCUGGCAAGCCCACCUUGGAAGCCUCACUAGAGGUUGCCACGCCAAAGGUGGAGGGAGACGUGGAUCUUCCAACUCUCCAGGGUGACGUGAAGACCCCUGACGUCAGCAUCCAGCUGCCAUCCUGUGACAUGGAGGCCAAGCCUGGCCAGGUGGGCUUGAAGCUGCCCGAGGGCCAGCUUCCCGAGGGAGAGCUUGCUGCACAGACUGAAUCUGGGGCUGGCCUGAAGGGCCAUCUACCCAAGGUGUCCAUGCCCAGCCUCAAGAUGCCCAAGGUGAAACUCAAGGGCACCCAUGUGGACAUCAAGAGCUCCAAAGUGGUUGUGAAGGGCCCCAAGGGUGAACUGAGCGCCCCUGACAUGGAGGUGUCCCUGCCUAGCAUGGAGGUGGACAUCCAGGUGCCAGGAGCAAAGGUGGAGGGGGACCUGGCCCUGGCUGACAAGGAAAUGUCUGCCAAAGACAGCAAGUUCAAGAUGCCCAAGUUCAAGAUGCCCUCCUUGGGCGGGUCCGCACCUGGCAAGCCCACUGUGGAGACAUCACUGGAGGUGUCUGCACCAAAGGUGAAGGCGGACGUGGCCAUUCCCUCUGUCCAGGGUGACCUGGAGACACCUGAGGUCAACAUCCAGCUGCCUUCCUCUGACCUGGAGGUUAAGUCUGGCCAGGUGGGCAUGAAACUCCCUGAGGGCCAGCUGCCCGAGGGGGAGAUGGCCACACAGAUUGAUUCGAGGGCUGGCUUGAAGGGCCACCUGCCCAAGGUGUCGAUGCCCAAGGUGGACCUCAAGGGACCAGACCUGGAGCUCAAGGGCCCCAAAGUGGACGUGAAGGGCCCCAAGGGCGAGGUGAGCAUUGCAGAGGUGGAGGUGUCCCAGCCUGGCGUGGAGGUGGACAUCCAGGUCCCAGGAGCCAAGGUGGAGGGUGACCUGGCCCUGGCCGACAAGGACUUGGCUGCUAAAGACAGCAAGUUCAAGAUGCCCAAAUUCAAGAUGCCCUCUUUCAGUGUGUCCGCACCUGGCAAGCCCACUGCUGAGGCCUCGCUGGAGGUGGCCAAGUCAAAGGUGGAGGCAGAUGUGGCCCUGACAUCCAUCCAGGGUGACCUGAAGACCCCUGACCUCGGCAUCCAGCUUCCAUCGCCUGACCUGGAGGUCAAGGCCGGCAUGAAGCUGCCCAAGGGCCAGCUGCCGGAGGGAGAGCUUGCUGCACAGACUGAAUCUGGGGCUGGCCUGAAGGGCCAUCUACCCAAGGUGUCCAUGCCCAGCGUCAAGAUGCCCAAGGUGGACCUUAAGGGCACGCAAGUGGACCUCAAGGGCUCCAAAGUGGACAUGAAAGGCCCCAAGGGCGAGGUGAGCGCCCCCGACAUGGAGGUGUCCCUGCCUAGCGUAGAGGUGGACAUCCAGGUCCCAGGAGCCAAGGUGGAGGGUGACCUGGCCCUGGCCGACAAGGACUUGGCUGCCAAAGACAGCAAGUUCAAGAUGCCCAAGUUCAAGAUGCCCUCCUUCGGCAUGUCCGCACCUGGCAAGCCCACCUUGGAAGCCUCACUAGAGGUUGCCACGCCAAAGGUGGAGGGAGACGUGGAUCUUCCAACUCUCCAGGGUGACGUGAAGACCCCUGACGUCAGCAUCCAGCUGCCAUCCUGUGACAUGGAGGCCAAGCCUGGCCAGGUGGGCUUGAAGCUGCCCGAGGGCCAGCUUCCCGAGGGAGAGCUUGCUGCACAGACUGAAUCUGGGGCUGGCCUGAAGGGCCAUCUACCCAAGGUGUCCAUGCCCAGCCUCAAGAUGCCCAAGGUGGAACUCAAGGGCACCCAUGUGGACAUCAAGAGCUCCAAAGUGGUUGUGAAGGGCCCCAAGGGUGAACUGAGCGCCCCUGACAUGGAGGUGUCCCUGCCUAGCAUGGAGGUGGACAUCCAGGUGCCAGGAGCAAAGGUGGAGGGGGACCUGGCCCUGGCUCACAAGGAAAUGUCUGCCAAAGAGAGCAAGUUCAAGAUGCCCAAGUUCAAGAUGCCCUCCUUGGGCGGGUCCGCACCUGGCAAGCCCACUGUGGAGACAUCACUGGAGGUGUCUGCACCAAAGGUGAAGGCGGACGUGGCCAUUCCCUCUGUCCAGGGUGACCUGGAGACACCUGAGGUCAACAUCCAGCUGCCUUCCUCUGACCUGGAGGUUAAGUCUGGCCAGGUGGGCAUGAAACUCCCUGAGGGCCAGCUGCCCGAGGGGGAGAUGGCCACACAGAUUGAUUCGAGGGCUGGCUUGAAGGGCCACCUGCCCAAGGUGUCGAUGCCCCGCCUCAAGAUGCCCAAGGUGGACCUCAAGGGACCAGACCUGGAGCUCAAGGGCCCCAAAGUGGACGUGAAGGGCCCCAAGGGCGAGGUGAGCAUUGAAGAGGUGGAGGUGUCCCAGCCUGGCGUGGAGGUGGACAUCCAGGUCCCAGGAGCCAAGGUGGAGGGUGACCUGGUCCUGGCCGACAAGGACUUGGCUGCUAAAGACAGCAAGUUCAAGAUGCCCAAGUUCAAGAUGCCCUCUUUCGGUGUGACUGCACCUGGCAAGCCCACUGCUGAGGCCUCGCUGGAGGUGGCCAAGUCAAAGGUGGAGGCAGAUGUGGCCCUGACAUCCAUCCAUGGUGACCUGAAGACCCCUGACCUCGGCAUCCAUCUUCCAUCGGCCGACCUGGAGGUCAAGGCCGGCAUGAAGCUGCCCAAGGGCCAGCUGCCGGAGGGAGAGCUUGCUGCACAGACUGAAUCUGGGGCUGGCCUGAAGGGCCAUCUACCCAAGGUGUCCAUGCCCAGCGUCAAGAUGCCCAAGGUGGACCUUAAGGGCACGCAAGUGGACCUCAAGGGCUCCAAAGUGGACAUGAAAGGCCCCAAGGGCGAGGUGAGCGCCCCCGACAUGGAGGUGUCCCUGCCUAGCAUGGAAGUGGACAUCCAGGUGCCAGGAGCAAAGGUGGAGGGGGACCUGGCCCUGGCUGACAAGGACAUGUCUGCCAAAGACAGCAAGUUCAAGAUGCCCAAGUUCAAGAUGCCCUCCUUUGGCGGGUCCGCACCUGGCAAGCCCACAGUGGAGACAUCACUGGAGGUGUCUGCACCAAAGGUGAAGGCGGACGUGGCCAUUCCCUCUGUCCAGGGUGACCUGGAGACACCUGAGGUCAACAUCCAGCUGCCUUCCUCUGACCUGGAGGUUAAGUCUGGCCAGGUGGGCAUGAAACUCCCUGAGGGCCAGCUGCCCGAGGGGGAGAUGGCCACACAGAUUGAUUCGAGGGCUGGCUUGAAGGGCCACCUGCCCAAGGUGUCGAUGCCCAAGGUGGACCUCAAGGGACCAGACCUGGAGCUCAAGGGCCCCAAAGUGGACGUGAAUGGCCCCAAGGGCGAGGUGAGCAUUGCAGAGGUGGAGGUGUCCCAGCCUGGCGUGGAGGUGGACAUCCAGGUCCCAGGAGCCAAGGUGGAGGGUGACCUGGCCCUGGCCGACAAGGACUUGGCUGCUAAAGACAGCAAGUUCAAGAUGCCCAAAUUCAAGAUGCCCUCUUUCAGUGUGUCCGCACCUGGCAAGCCCACUGCUGAGGCCUCGCUGGAGGUGGCCAAGUCAAAGGUGGAGGCAGAUGUGGCCCUGACAUCCAUCCAGGGUGACCUGAAGACCCCUGACCUCGGCAUCCAGCUUCCAUCGCCUGACCUGGAGGUCAAGGCUGGCAUGAAGCUGCCCAAGGGCCAGCUGCCGGAGGGAGAGCUUGCUGCACAGACUGAAUCUGGGGCUGGCCUGAAGGGCCAUCUACCCAAGGUGUCCAUGCCCCGCGUCAAGAUGCCCAAGGUGGACCUUAAGGGCACGCAAGUGGACCUCAAGGGCUCCAAAGUGGACAUGAAAGGCCCCAAGGGCGAGGUGAGCGCCCCCGACAUGGAGGUGUCCCUGCCUAGCGUAGAGGUGGACAUCCAGGUCCCAGGAGCCAAGGUGGAGGGUGACCUGGCCCUGGCCGACAAGGACUUGGCUGCCAAAGACAGCAAGUUCAAGAUGCCCAAGUUCAAGAUGCCCUCCUUCGGCAUGUCCGCACCUGGCAAGCCCACCUUGGAAGCCUCACUAGAGGUUGCCACGCCAAAGGUGGAGGGAGACGUGGAUCUUCCAACUCUCCAGGGUGACGUGAAGACCCCUGACGUCAGCAUCCAGCUGCCAUCCUGUGACAUGGAGGCCAAGCCUGGCCAGGUGGGCUUGAAGCUGCCCGAGGGCCAGCUUCCCGAGGGAGAGCUUGCUGCACAGACUGAAUCUGGGGCUGGCCUGAAGGGCCAUCUACCCAAGGUGUCCAUGCCCAGCCUCAAGAUGCCCAAGGUGGAACUCAAGGGCACCCAUGUGGACAUCAAGAGCUCCAAAGUGGUUGUGAAGGGCCCCAAGGGUGAACUGAGCGCCCCUGACAUGGAGGUGUCCCUGCCUAGCAUGGAGGUGGACAUCCAGGUGCCAGGAGCAAAGGUGGAGGGGGACCUGGCCCUGGCUGACAAGGACAUGUCUGCCAAAGACAGCAAGUUCAAGAUGCCCAAGUUCAAGAUGCCCUCCUUGGGCGGGUCCGCACCUGGCAAGCCCACUGUGGAGACAUCACUGGAGGUGUCUGUACCAAAGGUGAAGGCGGACGUGGCCAUUCCCUCUGUCCAGGGUGACCUGGAGACACCUGAGGUCAACAUCCAGCUGCCUUCCUCUGACCUGGAGGUUAAGUCUGGCCAGGUGGGCAUGAAACUCCCUGAGGGCCAGCUGCCCGAGGGGGAGAUGGCCACACAGAUUGAUUCGAGGGCUGGCUUGAAGGGCCACCUGCCCAAGGUGUCGAUGCCCCGCCUCAAGAUGCCCAAGGUGGACCUCAAGGGACCAGACCUGGAGCUCAAGGGCCCCAAAGUGGACGUGAAGGGCCCCAAGGGCGAGGUGAGCAUUGAAGAGGUGGAGGUGUCCCAGCCUGGCGUGGAGGUGGACAUCCAGGUCCCAGGAGCCAAGGUGGAGGGUGACCUGGUCCUGGCCGACAAGGACUUGGCUGCUAAAGACAGCAAGUUCAAGAUGCCCAAGUUCAAGAUGCCCUCUUUCGGUGUGACUGCACCUGGCAAGCCCACUGCUGAGGCCUCGCUGGAGGUGGCCAAGUCAAAGGUGGAGGCAGAUGUGGCCCUGACAUCCAUCCAGGGUGACCUGAAGACCCCUGACCUCGGCAUCCAUCUUCCAUCGGCCGACCUGGAGGUCAAGGCCGGCAUGAAGCUGCCCAAGGGCCAGCUGCCGGAGGGAGAGCUUGCUGCACAGACUGAAUCUGGGGCUGGCCUGAAGGGCCAUCUACCCAAGGUGUCCAUGCCCAGCGUCAAGAUGCCCAAGGUGGACCUUAAGGGCACGCAAGUGGACCUCAAGGGCUCCAAAGUGGACAUGAAAGGCCCCAAGGGCGAGGUGAGCGCCCCCGACAUGGAGGUGUCCCUGCCUAGCAUGGAAGUGGACAUCCAGGUGCCAGGAGCAAAGGUGGAGGGGGACCUGGCCGUGGCUGACAAGGACAUGUCUGCCAAAGACAGCAAGUUCAAGAUGCCCAAGUUCAAGAUGCCCUCCUUUGGCGGGUCCGCACCUGGCAAGCCCACAGUGGAGACAUCACUGGAGGUGUCUGCACCAAAGGUGAAGGCGGACGUGGCCAUUCCCUCUGUCCAGGGUGACCUGGAGACACCUGAGGUCAACAUCCAGCUGCCUUCCUCUGACCUGGAGGUUAAGUCUGGCCAGGUGGGCAUGAAACUCCCUGAAGGCCAGCUGCCCGAGGGGGAGAUGGCCACACAGAUUGAUUCGAGGGCUGGCUUGAAGGGCCACCUGCCCAAGGUGUCGAUGCCCAAGGUGGACCUCAAGGGACCAGACCUGGAUCUCAAGGACCCCAAAGUGGACGUGAAUGGCCCCAAGGGCGAGGUGAGCAUUGCAGAGGUGGAGGUGUCCCAGCCUGGCGUGGAGGUGGACAUCCAGGUCCCAGGAGCCAAGGUGGAGGGUGACCUGGCCCUGGCCGACAAGGACUUGGCUGCUAAAGACAGCAAGUUCAAGAUGCCCAAAUUCAAGAUGCCCUCUUUCAGUGUGUCCGCACCUGGCAAGCCCACUGCUGAGGCCUCGCUGGAGGUGGCCAAGUCAAAGGUGGAGGCAGAUGUGGCCCUGACAUCCAUCCAUGGUGACCUGAAGGCCCCUGACCUCGGCAUCCAUCUUCCAUCGGCCGACCUGGAGGUCAAGGCCGGCAUGAAGCUGCCUGAGGGUCAGCUGCCCGAGGGAGAGCUUGCUGCACAGAUUGAUUCUGGGGCUGGCCUGAAGGACCAUCUACCCAAGGUGUCCAUGCCCAGCGUCAAGAUGCCCACGAUGGACCUCAAGGGCACCCAUGUGGACAUCAAGGGCCCCAAAGUGCAUGUGAAGGGCCCCAAGGGCGAGGUGAGCACCCCCGACAUGGAGGUGUCCCUGCCUGGCAUGGAAGUGGACAUCCAGGUGCCAGAAGCAAAGGUGGAGGGGGACCUGGCCCUGGCUGACAAGGACUUGGCUGCCAAAGACAGCAAGUUCAAGAUGCCCAAGUUCAAGAUGCCCUCUUUCGGUGUGUCCGCACCUGGCAAGCCCACUACUGAGGCCUCGCUGGAGGUGGCCAAGUCAAAGGUGGAGGCAGAUGUGGCCCUGCCAUCCAUCCAUGGUGACCUGAAGACCCGUGACCUUGGCAUCCAGCUUCCAUCGGCCGACCUGGAGGUCAAGGCCGGCAUGAAGCUGUCCGAGGGCCACCUGCCCGUGGGAGACCUUGCUGCACAGACUGAUUCUGAGUCCAGCCUGAAGGGCCAUCUACCCAAGGUGUCCAUGCCCAGCGUCACGAUGUCCAAGAUGGACCUCAAGGGCACACAUGUGGACCUCAAGGGUCACAAAGUGGAUGUGAAGGGCCCCAAUGGUGAUGUCAGUCCCAGCCAUGUGCAGGUGUUCCUUCCUGGGGCGGAGGUAGACAUCACAUCUUCCCAUGUGGAUGUUGAUGUCAGUAAUGAUGGUGGUGCUUUCAGCAGUUCCCGUCUUGGUGUCCACCAACCCUCCCAGUCACAGUCUUCUGAGAGGUCUCACUGUGUUCCUUCUGCUCUUAGCCACCUUUCAAGUACCACUGAUGUUCCACAGAGCUCGCUGGAAUCCAUAGUCACCUCUUCAAAUUCUCGCAUUAUGUUUCCUAAAUUUCAUAAACCAAAAUUUGCAUUUUCUCUUCCUCCAUCUGCGGCUGAGUGUGACCCCCCUCUUCAUGAGGCUGUCCACCUUUCUGGAACAAGUCCUGAUGUGCUUUUAGGCUCUUUACGUUCUCAGGUUGUGUCUCCUGAUGCUUCCCUUCAGCAUAUUGUGGGUGGAUCCUCAGUUCAGUCUGAAAGGACACCUCCACCUGAGGGGCAUAAUCAAGAAGGAAAGAGAACUUCCUUCAAAUUGCCGAGGAUCAAGCUACCUCCAUUUAGUCGGUCUCCAAAAAAGGAAGCAGGUUCUGGAGGUGAUUAUGAGUCCCAGCACGAGGACCCCACACAUAGGCUAGGUUCUUCUACAAGUGAGAUGGACACCCAAGUUGAGAGUUGUGUUUCUUCAGUGGAAUCACACCAGCACGGCUCUCUGGAAAAGGAUACAGAGAAGGGGAGAACCCGGAAGUCAAGCUUUUCCAUGCCAAGGCUUGCACUACCUAAGAUAAAGUCUUCCAAGGUUAGGGCUGGUGUGCCACGGGAAGAUGGGAAGCUUUCCCUCAGUGGUACCACACCUGGGAGUGAUUUGGUAGUCACAGAAACAGCUGUCAGUGACACCCUUGUUGGUGACACACGUUCAGAAGAUAUCCCCACGGAACCAUAUAUCAGAGCCUCCACCGCACCUGGGUCCCAGGCUGAGCUUCCUUCUCCCACAGAGGACCUGGGUAUCAGUGGCGACAGUGAGAGUCAUGUGUUUGUGGGUGAUUCUGCAAGUCUGACAGCGCCCAUACCGGAAGGUCUCCUGCAGCCACCAGACAGACAGAGAGAUAGUGCCCUCACCACGGAGAGCCCUGAGGUCGAUCCCACGGCCAAAGAGAUGGCAACAGACUCGAGUGAGCGAAGGUUCACAAUACCCAAGUUCCAAGUUCCCGGUCUCAGGCGCUCCUCAUCCAAGGAUCAAGGUGGAGCUGGAGAACUUGAAGUCACUCAAGACUCACAGGCUGCAGUCGUCAGCAUGCCCUUAGAGACAGAAGUGACAGCGGGUGGUGUGCGACUGUCAUGUAUGCCUGAGUCAAAGGUAGAGGCACAUGUCUCCCUGAGGUCCCCAGAGGAAGGGGCCGGUGUGCUGACCCCAGAGGGUGAAACCUAUGCGGCUGUUGUAAAACGUGAUCUCCGUGGAGCAGGCUCCAGGCUGCAUAGCCUCACUUCUGGGGCUUCCCAGAUUCAUCUCCCCACCCCUGGGUUUGGGACACAUCUGUCUAAAGGCGCCCUCUCCCUUGAGAUGCCUGGUGUGAGAGUCUCAGAGCCCCAGCUUCCUCUGGAAGAAACAGGCAAGCAGCAGCAGCCCAGGCCAGGAGGAAACAUUCUUGCCGAGGAGGAGGCUAGAACAGGAAGCUGGCCUUCCCAGCCCCAAGGGCCUCUGAGGCUGAAGGCCUCCCUCACUGAGUUGCCCUCCCAGGUCUCUGUGGUGAGCACCAGCCAGCUCUGGGAGGAUUCUGUGUUGACUGUCACAAUCCCCAAACUAAAGGUACCCAGGUUCUCCUUCCAUGCCCCCAGCUCUGAGGCUGAUGUCUUCUUCCCUGUGGUGAGGGAGGUGCAGGGCGCAGAGGCCAGCAUUGGCAGUGCCAUGCAUCAGGAUAGCCCCGGGCUCUGGGAAGCCAGAAUUCUAAAGACAGGUGCUGAGGACCCCAGAGAGCCACCAGCAAGCCUGGAACAAUCCUUGGAAGUGUCCCCAAUUUCUAAGGUCAGAGUGCAUAUUCAGGGCUCUCAAGGUGAGAGUCAAGAAGUCACUAUUUGCAGCAGGGUGGAGCAAGAGCGUGCUGGUCCCUCAGCGCCUGGAGCCUUUUCUACUCAGAUUGUGCGGGAAUCAGAGAUCCCUGCUUCUACAGUUCAGACUCCUUCUUAUGGAUUUUCUUUGCUGAAAGUGAAAAUCCCAGAGCCCACCGUGCAGGCUAGUGUGUACACAGUGGCUCCCAACUCCCAGAUGCAGGAGAGCUUGGGUGGAGAUUCCAUGCCGGCUGCUGCAGGGGGACAGUUUGUUCCUGGUGAUGUCGCUCCUGACACUGGUGAACCUUUUGAGGUGAUCUCUUCCAGUGUUGGCGUGCCACCGCUGUCACUCACACCUGAGGUGCGUCCUGCACCCCAGCUUGCAGACAGUACCUCUGACGAGGAGCCAGCAGAGAUUCUUGAGUUUCCUGAGGACAGCCAGGAUGUAAAGACCCCUGACAUGGAUACAAAACAGAAACCAGAAGGUAAGAAGGCCAGCCUGCUGUGGUCCUGGCUUCCAAGUAUUGGGUUCUCCUCGGUGGAAGAGAUGGCUGCUGAUUCCAGAGACACUAGCCUAAGAUCUGCUCCAGUCCACGUGCAACCUGCGGCUCGGCUGGACCCUGAACUGCCCAGAAAACAGGAGAAGGCGGGCUGGUUCCGGUUCCCCAAGUUAGGAUUUUCCUCUUCACCUACCAAGAAGACCAGAAGCAGUGAAGAUGAGGAAGGCCAGGCAGAACACAAGCUCCAGGAAGAGACCAUCACCUUUUUUGAUGCUCGAGAAAGCUUCUCUCCAGAGGAAGAGGAAGCCGAGCCAGAGGUGACAAGUGCCAGGCCCCGUUCCAAAGCGAUGGUGGCGUCUUCUGCAAGAACAGAACUGGCCCUGUUGGAACGUGCUGCAGACGCUGGUGACAAAUCUACACCCAAACCUGUGGUCAAGUGAGGGCCAGAGGUCAGAGGCCGUGGGAGAGGCAAGCCCUAAGUUGAGAGUCAGGGGCCGGGCCCUGAAAGCACCCCACUCUGGAACUCAUGCUGUAAAAUCGCAGACCUGAAGCCGAAGCAGAAGUGACUAGCCCUUCCAGCCACACCGCACAGCCCUCCGGUGUGGAACCAAAAAUACGCUACUUUCUUCCAAGGUUUGGAAGCACUGAAGGCUGCAAAACUGUCUCGCUCUGUGAGUCACUGCUGAACUCUGCUGGCCUUGGCGGGAUAAGUCCCAACCAGCCUCCCAACGCCAGGAGAGGGACACUGUCUCUCCAGUUCCCAUGUGUGUGGGUGGAAGCAGCUGUUGCCGUAACCUCUGUCCUCCUGCUGCUGUUUCCUGGGGUGAAUAUGGUGUGUCCUGCGAAACCCCAUUGCCUUCUUGCUCGUGACUUCCUUCUUUGACUGUUUCACUAUUGGCAAGCUUUGAGCUCUUCACUGUGAUGACGGUGGUGGUGGUGGUGCGUGUGGCAGAAAGGUCGGAGCAAUGGCUGACUGUGUUCAGUCAUAGCUGCAGGUUACCCUGUAGGCUUCACACACAGAUUCACUGCUCGUUCUUGCCGGCUCUACCUGCCUGCACUUGUGCAACUCUUUCCCCGAGUGUGUACCGUGCUCUGGCUCCUGAGCACCUCAUGGCAGAUUGCAGCCCAUACAGACAGCUCUGUUCAGUCACUUCCUAUUGGACAAUAAAGAAAAUGUACCCAGUG